AUGUCGCUCUACACACCCAUCGCACUCAUAUCGAUGCUACUCUUCUGCUGCUCGGCCACAUAUUUACGCCGGCUGUUCUGCUCAAACCUUACACGCACCGUUCUCGCACCUUCAACUUGGGCUGCUCAACGACAACGUGACGAUGACACAACGCCAAUCUCAGUCAACUAUCAUUUCACUCGCCAAUGCAACAUGGCGUGCGGAUUCUGCUUCCAUACUGCGACCACAUCACAUAUCUUGCCCAUAGACGAAGCCAUGAGAGGAAUCAAACUGCUAAAAGAAGCCGGAAUGCGUAAAAUCAAUCUUGCUGGCGGAGAAACUUUCUUGUACACAAGGUUUCUUGGCCGACUUGUGGAUUACUGCAAAGAAAUCGGAGUCGAGUCAGUCUCUAUCGUCAGCAACGGCAGCAAAGUGAAGGAGUCUUUUCUCCAACGCCACGGCCGAAACAUCGACAAUCUCGCAAUCUCUUGUGAUUCAUUCGACGAAGAAACAAAUCUAAAGAUUGGGAGAGGCACAGGCAACAAUGUCCAGCAGUUGCAUCGAUAUGGCGUCAGAUUCAAACUCAACACCGUCGUAUGCCAUUUGAACUGGGACGAAGACAUGAACCAACACGUUUCGCAACUGGCUCCAAGUCGCUGGAAAUGCUUCCAAAUGCUCAUCGUGCAGGGUGAAAAUGAUUCCAGCGAGAGACUUCGUGAUGCAACCAAAUUCGCGAUUUCGUCCGAGAAAUUCGACCACUUCAUUGACAAACACAAGAGCCACAAGUCGCUGAUGCCCGAACCAAAUCGACUCAUGGCCAAUUCAUAUCUGAUUCCUGAUGAGUACAUGCGCUUCCUGGACCGUACAGGUCGCUUGCCAUCGAAGCCGAUCCUGGAAGUUGGCGUUCAAGAAGCGCUUGCGAGUGUCUUUUGGGAUGUGGAGAGUUUCAAGGAGCGCGGUGGUGUCUACGACUGGCGGGCAGACACUCAAAGCUGUAUCGAACAACGCGCAACACAGUCUCUUGAGUGGUGA